AGAAUGGGACAUUUUAGAGACUGAAGAGCAUUAUAAGAGCCGAUGGAGAUCUAUUAGGAUUUUAUAUCUUACUAUGUUUCUCAGCAGUGUAGAUGGAGUUUUAUUCUUGUUACCCAGGCUGGAGUGCAAUGGCACGAUCUCGGCAAUGGCAUGAUCUCGGCUCACCACAACCUCUGCUUUUUUUUUUUUUUUUUUAAAGAUAGAGUCUUGAGUUGUUGCCCAGGCUGUAGUGCAAUGGCACGAUUUUGGCUCACUGCACCCUCUGCCUUUUAGGUUCAAGUGAUUCUUGUGCUUCACCCUCCCUGGUAGCUGGGACUGAAGAUGUGUGCCACCACACCUGGCUAAUUUUUGUAUUUUUAGUAGAGACAGGGUUUUGCCAUUUUUGCCAAGCUGGUGUCAAACUCCUGACCUUAGGUAAUCUACCCGCCUUGGCCUCAGAAAGUGCUGAGAUUACAGGCAUGAGCCCUGCACUCAGCUGUUUUUUUCUUUUGUUGUCUGUGAACUUCAUCUUAUUUUUAUAUUGAUACAACAUAGAAACAGUAAAAUACAAGAAUCUUAAUUUGUAUUGCUUGAUGUAUUUUAACCUAUUCCCAUUAUUUCUGAAUAUGUAGUUCCUGAAAAGUAAAACUUCAUGAGGAAAACUUUUCAAAAUAUGAACAUAUAACCAUGUUAAAUGGAUGGGAUGAGAAUGUAUAGGAAAUGAUCAAUAUUGUAAUAGUUUUUAAAGGACUGUUUUAGGAAAUGAAUUUUUUUACAAGUUGCAACCCUCUAAAUCUAUAGGCACUAAUAUUAUAAGGGGUCUCUUUCCCUAAGAGGAAUUUAAAGAAGGUCAUUUUACUAAAUUAUUUUUUGUAUAUUUUCUGUUUACCCCAGUCAUCCACACUUGUGCAUGAUUUAAUACUGGGUAAAAAGAAAAGUGAACGAUAAAGGAUAUUUUCAGUAAUUUUUUGUAAUACAGUUUCACCUUGCAUUGUGUAUCAGAAUGCCUUGUGCAGGGCUGGGCAUGGUGGCUCAUGCCUGUAAUCUCAGCACUUUGGCAGGCCGAGGCAGGCAGAUCACCUGAGGUCAGCAGUUCAAGGCCAGCCUGGCUAACAUGGUGAAACCCUGUCUUUACUAAAAAUACAAAAAUCAGCCGGGCUUGGUGGUGGGUGCCUGUAAUCCUAGCUACCUGGGAGGCUGAGGUGGGAGAAUCACUUGAACCUAGGAGGCAGAGGUUGCAGUGAGCCAAGAUCAUGCUACUACACUUCUGCCUUGGCGACAGAGCAAGACUCUGUCUCAGAAAAAAAGGGGAGGGUGGGGCUGGCAAGUUGACCAAAUAGGAACAGCCUGGUCUGUGGCUCCCAGUGAGAUCGAUGCAGAAGGGUUCUCUAUAGUGAUAAUGUCCAUAUGGCCAUAUCUCCAAAAGAUUGAUCAGACAGCUGAUGCAAGUUUUUUGGGCUGGGUUAUUGCUUCAUAUAGUCUUGGCCAAAUGGUAGCAUCACCUAUAUUUGGUUUCUGGUCUAAUUAUAGACCAAGAAAAGAGCCUCUUAUUGUCUCCAUCUUCAUUUCCGUGGCAGCCAACUGCCUCUAUGCAUAUGUCCACGUCCCAGCCUCUCAUAAUAAAUACUACAUGCUGAUUGCUCGUGGAUUGGUGGGAUUUGGAGCAGGAAAUGUAGCUGUUAUUCGAUCAUAUACUGCUGGUGCAACUUCCCUUCAGGAAAGAACAAAUUCCAUGGCAAAUAUAAGCACAUGUCAAGCAUUAGGUUUUAUUCUAGGUCCAGUUUUUCAGACUUGUUUUGCAUUCAUUGGAGAAAAGGGUGUGACAUGGGAUGUGAUUAAACUGCAGAUAAACAUGUAUACAACACCAGCUUUACUUGGAGCCUUCCUGGGAAUUCUAAAUAUUAUUCUGAUCUUUGCUAUACUAAGAGAACAUCGUGUGGAUGACUCAGGAAGACAGUGUAAAAAUAUUAAUUUUGAUGAAGAAAGUACAGAUGAAGUUCAGGUUCCCCAAGGAAAUAUUGACCAAGUUGCUGUUGUGGCCAUCAAUGUUCUGUUUUUUGUGAUUCUAUUUAUCUUUGCCCUUUUUGAAACCAUCGUUACUCCAUUAACAAUGGAUAUGUAUGCCUGGACUCAAGUACAAGCUGUCUUAUAUGAUGGCAUAAUACUUGCUGCUCUUGGAGUUGAGGCAGUUGUUAUUUUCUUAGGAGUUAAAUUAUUUUCCAGAAAGAUUGGCGAGCGUGCUAUUCUACUAGGAGGACUCAUCGUUGUAUGGGUUGGCUUCUUUAUCUUGUUACCUUGGGGAAAUCAAUUUCCCAAAAUACAGUGGGAAGAUUUGCAUAAUAAUUCAAUCCCUAAUACCACAUUUGGGGAAAUUAUUAUUGGUCUUUGGAAGUCUCCAAUGGAAGAUCACAAUGAAAGACCAACUGGUUGCUCGAUUGAAGAAGCCUGGUGCCUCUACACCCCAGUGAUCCAUCUAGCCCAGUUCCUCACAUCAGUUGUGCUAAUUGGAAUAGGCUAUCCAGUCUGCAAUCUUAUGUCCUAUACAUUAUAUUCAAAAAUUCUGGGACCAAAACCUCAGGGUGUGUACAUGGGUUGGUUAACAGCUUCUGGAAGUGGAGCCCGGAUUCUUGGCCCUGUGUUCAUCAGUCAAGUGUACGCUCACUGGGGACCACGAUGGGCAUUCUGCCUUGUGUGUGGAAUAGUGGUGCUCACCAUCACACUCCUAGGAGUGGUUUACAAAAGACUCAUUGCUUUUUCUGUAAGGUAUGGGAGGAUUCAGGAGUAAACUAGCUGAGACUGUGAUGGAAAGUACUUGCUGUAUGGCACUUCCUGGUCUAAAACUCUGUUAGGCGUUUGUGAUGAGCCAGUCUCCAAGAAUCAGACUACAGAUAUUGCAGAUUUUGAAGAACAAGAACAUAUGUUGACUAAUAGAAUUCUGCAUGUAAUUAUGAAUAGUAGGUUAUAUAAAAACAUAUUGGAUCAUAAUUUCCUUAUCUCAGAAAUGAAAUCUUCUUCUUAUAAUACUUUUUUGAGAUUGCAUGAACUAAUGAGUGGAUAGACAAUGAUGUAUAAAUGUGAAGUUGUAUUCUUAAUACAAACUGCAGAAGUGUCACUAAAAUAAUAUACAGUGGAACCAGAAGAGGGUUCUGUAAGAAUUAGCCAUAGCAGAAUAGAAUUCUAGAAUUUUAAGAACCCGGGUAGAGGCAUUUUUAUUCAAAGACGUCUGCUUUUUAUUAUUAAAAAAUGCAUUUUCUAUUAUAAAGUUCCCUUAUGAAAUAAAAAUCAUAACACUUAUAUUUUCCAUUUAGCACACCUAACAUCCUACCUUGCUUUCUGUGAGUCUUUCUCCUAAUACUGCACCUCUGCCUUAUUUUAGUUUAGGGUUUCACUAAGUAACUUCUACAUUAAUAUAUAAGUAUGAGUAAUGCUAAUAUUUGAGCAAUACAGAGGAUUAAGAGAUCAAGAUAUUUCACUGCCUAUUAGUUACCCUAACAGGGCUACCUACUUUUUUUCUUUCAAAUGCCAGUAAUUCACUUUAGAAACAUAAUCCAGAUGUGUGUGUGUGUGUGUGUGUGUGUGUGUGUGUGUAUACACAAAACAGUAAAUGGUUUCUUAAAAUUAUUGCUAUUUUUCAACCCCCUUAAAUUGGAGAAAAAUAUUCACUUUAAUUAGAUUAUUUUCCCAUCUCUUAGUAGUGGCGGGGAGGAACCCAACAGUUUUCAAUCUGUCUGCAUAGCUGUUUAGAGCUGCAGAAUAUUAGUUGGAUUUUUAAUUUGGAUGAUCUCUGACAACUCCAAUCUAGUCAGGUUAAUAAGUAUUUGAGGCAAAAUGGCUUUAAUCUAACAGUUUACUGAGUUUACGUUAAGUUGGCUAAACAACACUCUGUAUGUUUAUAGUUCUACCUCUACAUAAGUUGAAUGCUGAUAAAAAGAACUAGUAGAGAACUAUGUAUAUGGAUAAUUAGUGUUAUAGAAAAUGCAAAAAUAUUUCUAAAUACUUUCAAAAUGUUUUCUACUUUAAGUUAGAAAUAUUUUCAAAUCUGAGAAUAAACACUAUAAUCUGCACUUCAUAGGCUGGGUGCAGUGUCUCACACCUGUAAUCCCAGCACUUUGGAAGGCCAAGGCAAGAGAAUUGCUUGAGGCCAGGAGUUCAAGACCAGCCUGGGAAACAAAGCGAGACCCUGUCUCUCCAAAAAAUAAAAUAAAAACAAAAAUUUAAAAAUAUGUAAUCUGCACUUUAUACUAAACUUGCUGUGCUCUUACAGUCAGUUUUUAUUCAACUCUAGAAAAGGGCUUAAUUUGAUAGAAUCAUUCUACGAUUAAAUUUUGAAACUGUUUUCACUCUCCUCUUCUGCCCAUAGCAAGACUGCGUCCAUAGAUUUAUCAGAACGACAGCCAGGUUUCUGGCUAUUUGGUCAAAUCUGGCAUCCCUCUUACCUGUUAUUCUGCAGCUGCUUUCUGUGUCUUACAUUUUUUGGGUCACUUCUAAUCUUAAAGAGUAAAUUCCACCCUUGGUUUGCAUAGUGUGCAUUACAGAAAUAACCAGCAAUAAUAGUAAUGAUGAAAAUGAUGGGGCAAACAUUUGUGGAGUGCUUUCCAUAUUCCAGGUAAUGUGUAACAUAUAAUUUAAUUCUUACAGCAGUCUUAUUAAGUGAAGAUACUAUUAUGAUUCCCAUUUUAUAGAUGAAAGAAUGGAGGCACAGAGAAGUUACUUGUCUAAGUAACAGUCUAUCCUUAAAGUCCACAGUCUUAACCACUGUAUUUUUCAUAGUGAGGAAAAUAAAAAUAGCCCAGAAAGUUGCAGUUUCAAUUAAUUGCUAGUUGUAGGGUAACUUACCUAUACCAGUGACUCCUAUUAGCAGAAAUAUUUGGGAAACAUAAGUCCACUGACUAGAGCUUUUGUCUUUUAGUAGCCUGUUUCCAGCAAGAAAAUACCAUAGAAAAGUUUCCCAGCUUCCAAAGAUUUAUAAUAUUUAUUAAAAUUUAGAUAAACUAUAACCUUGCAUAAAUUACUGUUAUUUUCCUUUUUAUUGAGAGCAUUUUCUUCUUUAGAGGAUUAUACCUUGCUCAUCUUGGCACAAAAGAAGACAAAAGGAAGUAACAUGAGAUUGGGAAAAGAGCAAGGAGGUAAAGUUUGAGGAAAAAAAUCACUCUGUUGAUGUCUUCUUGAGUAGGACAAGUUGAGUGUAAGUAGAAAGUGAUGACAGGAGAUUUUAAGGUAUGAUAUAUUGUUAAGAGUAGUACAUAUUUAAGAAGAGAAAAUAUGUUUUUGAAGCCUAAAUUUAAACUUGAAAAGAAAGGAUGAUUUUCAUAUUUUGAAGGGAUUUAUAACUUCUCAAAGCAACUCCAUUCUAUCUUGUUCAGUUUUACAUUUAAAAAUAAACUCUUCUGGUUCAUAUAAAACUUACCUCUUACAUAAAGUGAAAUCUGUAAUUUUUUGUUUUAACAAGGAUAAACUAUUUAUCUGCCUCUGUUCAAGAAUAGAUUAACUUAUUUUGAAAAGAAAUUCCGUACACCAUUUUUGACUACUGAAGACUUAUUUGUAAUUUAGUAUCUACUUUACAUUGUGAAUGUUCAUUUUCUAAUAAACAAGAUUAUUUUGCAUAUAUAA